AUUACAUUAAUGUUAUCCACUGUUAUUCGAUCAUUAUCUAUUAGGCGUCAUUAUACAACGGCGCCUUUCCAAGUCUUUGAUCGUCAUGCUAAACGUCUUCAAAGAGAUCGUGCCGCUCUUGAUGUUGAACAAAGCCGAACUGUGGAUUAUUUGCGGGAUACAGUAGCAGCCCGAGUAGCAGAUCGACUUUUGGAUGUUAAUCGUAGUUUUAAUACAGUAGUUGAUUUGGGUUCUGGUUGUGGACACAUUAUUAAGCAUGUGAAAAAAGAGAAGAUGAACAAGUUAAUAAUGUGUGACAUGUCAGAAAAAGCGUUAAAUCGAGAUAUAAAUAUACCUUAUGAAGUUCAAGUUGAACGUCGUGUAAUCGAUGAAGAACAUUUACCAUUCCCGGAAAAUUCCCUAGAUGCCGUUGUCAGUAGUAUGUCACUAAACUGGGUAAAUGACUUGCCAGGUACCCUCAUACAAAUUAAAAAAGCUCUUAAACCAGAUGGUGUCUUUAUUGGUGCCAUGCUAGGCGGUGAUACUCUCUUUGAACUACGGACAUCAUUACAGUUGGCUGAGAAUGAGCGUGAAAAUGGCAUCUCACCACGUAUUUCACCCAUGGUUGAAUCAAGCAAUAUGUCAAGGCUUUUAAGUAGGGCAGGAUUUAGCUUAAUAACAGUGGAUGUAGAAGAUAUUCAAGUAAAUUAUCCAAGUGCAUUUGAGUUAAUGCAGGAUUUGAGAGCUAUGGGAGAAAGCAAUGCAGUGUUGACUAGACAACCAUUUAUUAAGAGAGAUACACUUAUUGCUGCUGCUGCUAUAUAUAAAGAGUUACAUGGAAAUCCAGACGGUACAAUUCCAGCAACAUUUCAAAUAAUUUAUCUGAUUGGUUGGAAGCCUUCAGAAAAUACACCUUUACCAAAGAAACGUGGCUCUGCAACUACGUCAUUAAAGGAUGUAUUGGAAAGUUAACGGAUACAAAACAAAAAAAUAAAAAUAACCUUGGAGUCUGCAUAUAAAAUUUUAAUUCAUACUAUGUUAUAUCUUUUUGGCAAGCACAGUUAUACUGAUAAAAUACCUGGUUUUCUUUUUGUCUUUUUUUUUUU